CCCCCGGCCUCCCCUCGCCCGGCCUCCCUGCCUCCCGUCCCCGGGUCGAAGCGCUUGAGCGAGCGGCGGCGGCCGGUAGCUCCGGGACCGCGCGCCGGGGCCACGUCCGAGCUCGAGCCGCCUCCUCUCCGGCCCGCGCGGGCUGUGCUCAGGGCGGGCAAGGUUGAUCAUCUUGGCCCUGGGAGUGGAGAUUAUCUCCACAGAAAGGAGUCUUUUAUUCCAUUAAACAAUGGAUUCCUGAGUGUUCCCUGUACCCUGGGAUAUGCAUCUUUCAAGAUGAUGUGGUGCUGA